AUGGCUGGUCCUCUGUGGUGGGCUGCAGCAUUUAUACAGAAACACAGGACAGGACUUCUGGUAUCUUCCUGCGCAGGCUUGGUGGGAGCGCAGGUUUCAUACCACCUCUUCCCAGAUCCUGUGGUCCGCUGGCUAUACCAGUACUGGCCUCAGGGCCAGCCAGCCCCACUCUCCCCAGAGCUGCAGUUCCUCUUCCAAGAGGUGCUACAGGACAUGGGCAUCCCCUCAAACCAUUGCUACAAGGCUUUUACCACCUUCACCUUCCAGCCUGUGAGUGCUGGCUUCCCACGGCUUCCAGCUGGGGGUGUAGUGGGCAUCCCUGCCAGCUUCCUGGGUGACCCAGUGAGCAACACUGACCAGUCAGUGGUGGUACAUGGGCAAAGAGUGGACUGGCAUAGCCCAGCAGGGGCCCGGCUGAGAGAUUCCCUGACUCUGUCCCAUGAUGCCCAGAAGUUUGCCUUGGCCAGGGAGGUGGUAUACUUGGAGAGCAAUGUUGCUGCCCUGCAGACCCUGCCAGCCCCUGCUUGCCUGGCAGGGACUUGGGUACUGAGUGUGGGUGCCAAGCAGGCACUGGGGCUCUAUGGAGGCCCCAUGACCUUACGGGCUGCCUUCAACCUGAUGGCCGCAGUGGUGGGCUUUGUGGCCUACGCCUUCUCCAUGGACUCACUCACUCACGCCCUGGAAACCUGGUUGGACCGCUACACAGCUUCCCUGUCUAUGGAUUAUGCCCGUGGGGGAGUGGAGUUCUAUGAGAAGAUUCUGUCAUGCAACCUGGCCCUGCGCAGUCUCCUGGGCAGACGUGGGGAGAAACUGUAUACACCCAGUGGGAACAUCAUCCCUAGACACUGGUUCCGCAUGAAACAUUUACCAUAUACAGCCCGCCGAGACUCUGUGCUUCAGGUAUGGAGGGUGACACUCAACCCAGGCCACUCCUGA